AUCAAACACGUCCCCCAAUACCGUUGUGCCAAAAAGUUGCUUCAUCAUCUCAACCCGCGUUCCACCCUUCACCAACCCCGACCCCACGAAAACCCGCUCGCGUACCUGCCGCACCUCGCGGCUCCUCUCUCUCAAAUGGUGCAAUUCAUCAAACCUCGAUGGCUGACACAUUCUUCGCCGGACAAGAAAGCGUGCGAGGUCUAUUCAUUACACAUAUCUGCCGACGCGCAGAGAUUAGCAACCGGAGGACUAGAUGGAACGGUACGCAUCUGGUCGAUGGAGGCUAUCUUCGCCUCGCAGGGCGAGGAAGAUGUCGAAAUGCCGAAACAGCUAUGCUCGCUGUCGCACCACUCGGGCGCGGUCCUCGCUGUGCGCUUCUCGGGCAACAACCGCUUCCUAGCUUCUGGCUCGGACGACAAGAUCGUGCUGAUCUACGAGCACGACAAGACGGCGGGAGCACGGCCGGUGUUUGGGAAUGGCGAGUCGCAGACGGAGGUUUGGAGGACACAUCGACGGCUUGCUGGGCAUGAAAACGAUGUGCAGGAUCUGGGGUGGUCUGCGGAUUCGUCGAUCCUGGUGUCGGUCGGAUUGGACUCGAAGAUCAUUGUGUGGUCGGGCAGUACGUUUGAGCGGCUGAAGAGGAUCGAUGUGCAUCAGUCACACGUCAAGGGCAUCGCCUUUGAUCCGGCGAAUAAGUACUUUGCGACUGCGAGCGACGAUCGGACGGUCAAGGUACAUAGGUACGCGUCGCCAGCAAGCAACGCGACAGCGAACGACCAGGCGGGGAACUUCUCGUUGGCAGUCUCGAUUGAAGGGCCAUUUCAGGAUUCGCCGUUGACCACAUACUUCCGGAGAUGUUCGUGGUCGCCAGAUGGAGCGCACAUUGCAGCGUCCAACGCGGUCAAUGGACCCGUGAGCUCGGUGGCUAUCAUUACACGUGGUAGCUGGGAUAGCGAAAUCAAUCUCAUCGGCCACGAAGGACCCGUCGAAGUGUGUGCAUUUGCCCCACGGAUGUUCACCAAUACCGACCCAGAGACUGAUCUACCGCCGACAGGUCCUGUCACAGUGAUCGCGUGUGCUGGACAAGACAAGGCGUUGUCGAUUUGGAAUACUCUCAACUCAAGGCCCCUGAUGAUCAUCCAGAAUAUAGCAGUGAAGGCGAUCUCGGAUCUAGCAUGGUGUCCCGACGGCAAAAGCAUGUUCGUUUCGUCUCUGGAUGGUUGUAUCCUCUGUGUUGCCUUCGAUGAAGGCGAUCUAGGAUGGGUCUUACCCAUUGAAGAGAAUGAGCGUAUCUUACAAAAGUUCGGUGCUGGAAGAAAGGGUGCCACCCUGCCCGAGGGUCCCGAGAGCUUGAAGCUGGAGGAAAUGUCGAAGGCCGGCGAGAGGAGGGAGGUGGAAAGCAAAAUGGGGGCGCUGAUGAUGGAUGGACAGAACGGAGAUGUCCCGAUGGCUAAUACCGGGGCUGCUGUAGGGCCGCAGUGGCAGGCGCAACUACUUACUCCCGCAACCGCCGCUCCUGGAGAGCCCGUGGAGAAGGAGAAGCCAUACAAACAGAAAGUUACCAUCACCAAAGACGGCAAGAAGCGUGUUGCACCUUUGCUGGUGUCAACAGGCGGCGGUCACCGUUCGAACCUUCCAAAUGCACAUCUGUUACAAGCUGCGGCAACCGGCUCGACAGCGAAUCUUGACCCCAAGACGACAUUGGAUCUAUCGCGUCCCUACGAUGGUCUCCCUAAGGGUGGUAUGGCGGCUCUGAUAAUCGGUAACAAGAGGAAACUUAUAGAGGAGCCCGUCGAUGAAGGGCAGCCACCACCGCCUACUACCAAUAGCAAGCGGGUUUCAAUAAUUCAGCCAUCGGACCAAAAGGCGCCAAAAGGGACUCCGGAAUUCCUUAGGCCAGCAGUCGUCUGUCAAGCCCAGGCGGUAUCACAAGUGCGCCUGGCUGUGCCCAAAAUCAGAUACACCGUUAGCCGAGUGAUCGAUGCGUCAGGCCAUCCUUCCAACAGCAUCCCAGGUGUGACGGCGGCAGCAUCAAGCACCAACACCGGCCCGGCACCGACAGACACGAUCUUCGAAGCUAAGAACUCUCGAGAUCCCACGCGUCUGACAAUAUCGAAGGCCGGACAAAUUCUAUGGGUUGACUUUCUGCCAAAACCUGUAGUCCUAGUCACCGGCAACUCCAACUUCUGGGUUGCAGCAUGCGAGGACGGCACCAUCCACGUCUUUACCCCCGUUGGACGCCGCAUGCUCAACGCAAUAGUGAUCGAAGCCAUCCCAUGCAUCAUCGACUGCCGCGGCUGGUGGCUCAGUUGCGUCUCCGCCGUCGGCGUAGCGCACGUCUGGAACCUCAAAACCGGCAAAGCCGCACACCCGCCUAUCUCUCUCGCCCCCAUCCUCGACGUAGCUAACACCUACCUCAAAUCCGACGGCGUCUCGCGCGCCGAAGCCAUCCAAGAAGUGACCAUCAACUCCAACGGUGUGCUGAUCGUCUCUCUCACCGACGGCGACGGCUACGCCUACAACCGCGAUCUCUGCAGCUGGCAAAAACUCAGCGAAAGCUGGUGGGCAGUCGGUAGCCAAUACUGGGACACGUCGGGCUCCGUACGCCCCUCCGCGGCCACCACCGACUCCCUCAACGGCGAGCCGCCCCUCUCGAUCGGAAUCAUCCCACACCUGGAGCGCCGCACAACAACCGAAGUCCUCCUGCAUCCACGCGGCCGCUUCCUGCAAAGGAUCGUAAAGCAAUGUCUCAGUCGAGAGGGCUUCGAGGGAUUCGAAACCGCUGUGUCAAUCGCCCACCUGGAGAAUCGUAUGGCCGCCGCCAUCAUGCUCGGCGCGAAAGAUGAGUUCAAGAGCUACCUCAUGACUUACGUCCGGAGGAUCGCGAGCGAGGGGAUGAGGGGGAAGGUUGAGGAGCUGCUGAGAGAGCUCAUGGGACGGAUGGAUGUGGAGGAGGGCGAGGAGGAUACAGAGGAAGAGGACACAAUCUGUGGAUGCAGUAAGAGGGAGCUGCUGCAGAGUGUGCUCCUGGUUGUUGGCAAACACAGGGAACUCCAGCGCAUCACGGUGCCGUACGCCAAAACGAUUGGGACGCUGGAUAUGGAAGUUGACGAGGCGGCGGACGCGGAGCUGUAGGCGCCAUCACCAUCACCACUAUCUAUUACAAUAGCUUUGUGUUUCUUACUGUAGACGGCUUUUACUUGUUCUCGG